AUGGCCAAAUUACGAGCACGACGUUCUCAGCGCCAUACUAUUCACGCAGACUCAUCCUUGCAAGGGAAGUCUCAGAGUCGUAUCCAAAAGAAGUCGACGCCUGUAAAUCGUAAAAGUGGUCGGUUGAAGGAGCAGGCUGCUAGGACAAGCUUGGAGGCUCCCAAGUCCAAGUCUCCUCUACGUUCUGCAGACGAGUCGCAGCCUCGGUCCCCGCCACGAAGUCCUACUGUCAAACGAAAGUGCAUCGACGAAGAGGGAACAGUGACAAAAAGAGCACAGAAAAGACAGGAACAGGCCCCACAUCAACUGGAGAAAGAGGUUAAGACACCCAAGGAGGACACCGAAAGUUUGCAAGAGGCAGAUCCAAUCGACUUUUGGAUAAAAGAAGGGCGCUGGCCAGCAGAGCUGUUUCAAAUCAACGACGAGACACGCACUUUCUUCUCGCGAGACAUUGAGGAGGAACGCUGGUUGCGGGAGGUCUACAUACCAAACAUGGAACCGGCUGGCAGUCCACAGGGGAACGCCGGCUUAGAGCACAUGCGACCGAUGCUUGCAAGGAAGAAAAUAUCAAAGUCAUCGCUGCUACAGAAGAAGUCGGACGCUGGCUCUUCAACUAAAGCUUCGACUCCAAGUGACCAGAGGUCACAGGACGAUAAGAGUAACCAAUAUACUGACGUUCGCUAUGAGUCCAUUCUUGCCACAAAAGGGAGCUUCUUAAUAGAGGACCCAGAAGGCCCGACAGAAGCGAGCAUCAAUGUCUGUCGUCGACUCCUUGAUGGAGAGCAGUCCGUGCCGGAGGACAGCCUAUUCAAUGACGACAUUUUCAAAGAUACUUGCGACGAGAUUAGAAAUCGAAAUGAAGCCAAGGUCGUGCGCGACAUCGCCAAGCUGAUUGUACCGUCGCCUCGACGUUCCAAGACUCGAGGGACGAAUCGCUAUAGAAGCCCACUGACUGAGAGCGUCAGUGAAGGCUGGACCAACUCGAUACCACUAAUAAAGUCCUGCCCCCGGCCGGACUUUGCAGUUGGUUUUAGUCGGUUAGCGUUUACAGAAGAGCGACUUGCGAAGCUAGCCCCGUUUAUAGGCGAUCUCACUGACACGUCUGUGUUCAUGGGCACGUUCUAUAUGUACCUUCCGUUCCUAACGUGUGAGGUUAAGUGUGGUGCUGCAGCACUUGACGUUGCCGACCGUCAGAACGCUCAUAGCAUGACACUAGCCCUUCGCGGCGUGGUCGACUUAUUCCGACUAGUGGGCCGUGAGAAGGAACUUCACCGGCAGAUCCUGGCCUUUUCUAUUUCGCACGACCAUCAAAGCGUACGUAUCUACGGGCACUAUCCCGUGAUUGAAAAAACCAAGACGUUAUACUACCGCUAUCGAAUCCGAGCAUUCGAUUUCACGGAACUAGAUGGCAGAGAGAAGUGGACAGCCUACAAGUUCGUCAAGAACAUAUACGACGUAUGGAUGCCAGACCACUCCAAGGCCCUGUGCUCGGUCAUUGACAAGAUACCCGCCGGCGUGAGCUUUGCGCUCUCGCAGGUCGGAGACAUCCAAUCCCCCGACGCCAGCGCCGGCGCAACCUCCGGCCUCUCGCGGGACUUUGCCAGCUCUUCACUUGCGCAGCGCUCGUCAACUGGGUACCUUUCCGAGGACGAGGAGGAUGUACAGGGAGAGGCUGCCACCCCGUCUGAGGCUAGGGUUGCGGGUGGGCGAAAGCACAGCACGCCAGAGACAUCUGUCUCGCAGCAGCAAGCCGGGCCGUUCAAGAAGCCGCGGAAUAAGAGGCAUGGGCGCGGGCAUGGGCAUGGGCAAGACGGGUAG